AUGACAUCUUACGGGUCUUUUUUGGAUACCAGCGAGGAUAAUAAGGAGAAUAUACCUUUUCCCCAUCUAGUCAACUACGAGAAGAUGUCUGUCGUUUUACCGCCAAAUAGGGAUUCAAUUGACGACAUCGACGUGGUUACGGUAGCUUCAGAUCCUGUGUUAAAUUCUCCGACACUCUCUCAACUUUCGAAUGCUUCUGCCGUUAGCGCCGCUUCGGCCUCGUCGCCUAGCGUAUCUAACCCAUUACGUCGUGAAUCAAGUGAUGAAAUGGACGAUUGUGAAGAUGGUGAAGGUGGAUCGCGAAAAGAUAAAAGUUUAGGUCUUUUAUGCCAACGAUUUUUAAUUGCCAUGAAUGAGGAGACUCGUGAUUCAAUUAAGAAAGAAGUUCAUUUGGAAUCUGUGGCUAGGAAAAUGAAUGUUGAAAAACGUCGUAUCUACGAUAUUGUGAAUGUAAUGGAAGCACUGGAUGCUAUGAGCAAAACUAAUAAAUCUUUUUAUCGUUGGCAGGGCCUGGAUAACUUACCAAAACUGAUGGCAGAACUUCAGACUGAAGCAGUUGCCGAACAUUUACCUGAACGAGUAAUGCAAGUUGAGCAAGCCAUGUGUUCUUUCACUGAGCUCUCACCUAGUCGCAAACCCGGAAAAGAUUCCGUUGGGUCACUACAAGACAACGGAAAUCUAUCUGGUUCUCAAAGCUUUGGCUUGGAAAAUUUCCGACCCCAACGACCACGAGUAGAUGGAAGAGACAGACAGGGUAGGAACUCUCUGGCUCAACUAUGUAGGAGAUUUUUAAUGGUGCUUCUUAGCAAUCCUAAAGACACCCGACGAGUCAGUCUUGAUGUAGCUAGUACAGUACUUAUUAAAGACCCGGAAACUGAAGGUUUUGAACCUCCCAGUAGAAGUAGAUGCCGACGGCUUUAUGAUAUAGCUAAUGUACUUGUUGCUCUUGGGCUCAUCAAGAAGGUUCAUUAUUUAUUUGGUACCAAGAAAAUCCCGCUCUUCGUCUAUUGUGGCCCAGAGCCAGAUGAGAAUGGUACUUAUGAUGCCAACGCAUGUUUGGAGAAGAUGCUUACUUCUUCCGCAUCUGCUCCCCAGACCCCGCAAAUGAAGGCUACUACAGCUGCGAUGGUCCAAUCUUUGACAGCUGGAAAGCGUAGUCACUCAGACGCUGACCUUGUUGGAACUAUGGAAGGGAUACAAAAAAAGAUGCCCAGAAUGAAGUCUGAGCAGCUUGCAGGAGCAGCCUCUAGUCUAAUGAUGUUCGCUGAGUUAGCAGCAGAGCGGUUAAGACAAGAAAAAGAGUAUGCUACUCAAGUUCCCACAUCAACUAGAUCACCUUUGGCCACAAUUUCAAUCCCAUUAACGCCUACUUCGAAACCGAAACAGAAUCGUUUGAUACCAAAGCCAGAACCACAAAGGAAUAAUGGGCCUUCUUACAAUGUGCCGCCAAUGAAUUCUCCCAUGACAUCGAAACGCGCACCUAUGAAAGUCCAAAACGACUUCCCCCUGAAUCCUUUAUCAUUAGCAGGCCUCCAGUCUAUCGUACUACCUAAUUCGCCUUUAUGGUCCAGUUUGGUAGCUUCUUCGCUCUUUGCUCACAAAGUGCAAUCGGCUCAACCAUCACCUACGUUAACAAAACAUAGCGUCUCGAACAUAUUGGGCAAUUCCAAUAAAGUAAAUGUGACAAGUUCAUUGGAUCAUAAACAGUCUUCUCCUUUCCAAGUUGUGAAGAAGACCGAGAAUGCGAUACCAAAGACGCCAUUCGGAGUAAUCAGCAACAUUCCCGGACGAUAUUGA